GAAAAGACUACCCUGGUUGCCGUGGAAUAGAUUCCAGCUCGUGGUGACCGCCAUGUGUUGCAGAGUGGAACUGAGCUCCAGAAGGUUUUCUUGGCUGUAAUUUUUACUGAAGCAGAUCGACCGGUCUUUCUUUCGCAGUGCAGCUGUGUGGGUUCAAAUGCCAACUUUUUGGUUAGUAGUCCAGCAGUCCAGAGCAAACUGUUUUCGCCACCAGGGACCGGAAACGACUCUAGAAUCAACUUUUUGUCCAUCUCCGAUUCCUAUUUUUUCUAUUGCACAGUAUAUGCCAGUAAUGAUUCCUGUCACAGCAUUUUAGGACUAGUUACUGAAAGGCUUUUUGUCUUUUGGUUUUCUUUGUCUCAUUUUACGUUUUUCUUUAUUUUUUUCUUUUUUCCUUAGAUGCCAAUGCCCAACUCAUUCUCAUACUUACUCCCAAGCCACUGGACUGUCACCUUCUGGGAAAACAACAGAUUAUGCCUUUGAGAUGGCUGUUUCAAAUAUUAGAUACGGAGCAGGAGUUACAAAGGAAGUGGGCAUGGACCUACAAAACAUGGGUGCUAAAAAUGUUUGCUUGAUGACAGACAAGAACCUCUCCCAGCUCCCUCCUGUGCAAGUAGUUAUGAAUUCCCUAGUCAAGAAUGGUAUAAACUUUAAGGUCUAUGAUAAUGUGAGAGUGGAGCCAACUGAUACAAGCUUCAUGGAAGCUAUUGAAUUUGCCAAAAAGGGAGCUUUCGAUGCUUACGUGGCUGUGGGUGGCGGGUCCACCAUUGACACCUGUAAAGCUGCUAAUUUGUAUUCGUCGAGCCCUCGCUCUGAGUUCUUAGAUUAUGUCAACGCCCCCAUUGGGAAGGGAAAACCAGUGUCUGUGCCUCUUAAGCCUCUGAUUGCAGUCCCAACUACCUCAGGAACCGGAAGUGAAACUACAGGGGUUGCCAUUUUUGACUAUGAACAAUUGAAAGUAAAAACUGGCAUUGCUUCACGAGCCAUCAAACCCACACUGGGAUUGAUUGAUCCUCUGCACACUCUCCACAUGCCUGACCGAGUGGUGGCUAACAGUGGCUUUGAUGUGCUUUGCCAUGCCCUGGAGUCCUACACUGCCCUCCCCUAUCACCUGCGGAGUCCCUGCCCUUCCAAUCCCAUCAGCCGGCCAGCAUACCAGGGCAGCAACCCAAUCAGCGACAUUUGGGCAGUGCAUGCGCUGCAGAUCGUUGCUAAGUAUCUGAAGAGGUAUGUCACCCAGCAGGGGAUAGAAACAGAACAGAAAAAGUGUGAUCCGCCCUCGUGUAAAAUGUGCCUGGUCCUGGAAUGCCCUGAGUGGGACUGUCCACUAGAAGCUUGGUCAGUGGACAUAGAGGAGUGCCACUGGAAGGGACAAGAGGGCUGCCAUGGAAUGUCCUACCCAAUUUCAGGUUUAGUGAAGACAUAUAAAGCAAAGGAUUACAAUGUGGAUCACCCACUGGUGCCUCAUGGCCUUUCUGUGGUGCUAACUUCCCCAGCAGUGUUCACUUUUACAGCAGAGAUGUUUCCGGAGCGACACCUGGAGACAGCAAAAAUAUUAGGAGCCGACAUCCGCACUGCCAGGACCCAAGAUGCGGGGCUUGUUUUGGCAGACACACUGCGGAAAUUCUUAUUCGAGCUGAAUGUUGAUGACGGCCUAGCUGCCCUCGGCUACUCCACGGCUGAUAUCCCCGCGUUGGUGAGAGGAACUCUGCCCCAGGAAAGGGUCACCAAGCUUGCACCACGACCUCAGUCAGAAGAGGAUCUCUCUGCUCUGUUUGAAGCAUCAAUGAAACUGUAUUAAUUUUCAUUUUUACUGAAAGAAUUACCAUUGGCCACCUUAGUUCUGAAAGCAGAAGUUCAUCUAGCUAGAGCUUUGUCUUUUCAUCUCUAUACAUAACAUGCCUGCUACCAACCCUCCUGCUACCAACCCUCCUGCAACUGAAGUCUUUUAAUGUUAAUGUGAUAUAUUAAAUGCAGAUGAUUCCCUGAUGCUCAGAGUCAAGCUACUUCCAUAAAACAGGCUGGAUAAAUGCCCACAAUGUCAGGUCCUUGGACAAAAACUCAAUGUCUGUCCAAAAUGUAAAUGCACAUAUCCUCUGCCCAACGAUCCCAUGAAUAGAAAUGUAUCCUAUAGAAAUACUAGCCCAACUAUGCAAAGAGAUAUGGCAAGGAUGUUCGUGGCAAUACUUUUUCUAACAAUAAAAAAUUUGAAACAACCAAAACUUUCUCAAGUAUACAUAAAUAUAUGUGUAUAUAUAUGCAUAGAAAAGAUCGAGAAGGAUCAAAAAAUUUUAA